AUGGCCACCUGGGUGCCAACAUCCUCCCUGCUGUCUGGGCAGAAUUACCACCCUGACUGUGAGUUGGCGGUUAACAACCAGAUCCAACUGCAGCUGUAUGCCUCCUAUGUGUAUCUGUCCAUGGCUUUCUACUGCGGGCGCGACGACGUGGCUCUGGAGCAUUUCAGCUCCUUCUUCCUGCGCCAGUCGCACAAAUGGAAAGCAUGCGCUGAGAAGCUGCUAAAGAUGCAGAACGAGCGUGGUGGUCGCAUGUGUCUGCGCGACAUCGCUGCCCCGGAUCGUAGCAACUGGCAGGGUGGCCUCCAGACCUUGGAGAGUUCCUUCCACCUGGAGAUGACCAUCGCUGAGAGCCUCCUGGAUCUCUACCAUGUGGCCAACAGCAGAGGCGACAGGCACUUGUGCAGCUUCCUGAAGCAAAACUUCCUCCAACAGCAGCUGGACAUCCUCUCAAAGCUGGAGUGUUUCCUGAAAAACCUGCGUGAGGUCUGGGCCCUGGGAGAAGGGAUUGCGGAGUACCUCCUUGACCGGCUCACCCUGGGUGCCAAAGACCAGAAGAGUUGA